CCUUCAGUAAACAUGCACUUGUCAAAUGUGUAUCAUUUCUCCUUGGGGAUCAAAAUGGCCCGAGCAAUAACAUAAAAAUACAAAUAAAGACAUGAAGUAGUUAUAUGUGUAUUUUGUUUUACAGGAGCACUUCCCUCUCUCAUAGUCCAGAUCAGAGGAGUCGUUCUGCUUUUCGGCCUACAUCUCGCAGAACCCCACCCAUAACCAGAGGAUGUCUCAAUGCCAUUGGGGGAUCAAGAGAUUCCGGUCCUGCCUACCAACAUCUCCACGAAGUAGACAGCUCAGAAAGGGAGUCAGUGAGAAGGAACCUUUCCGGCCCUGGCAAUGACCUACAUCAAGAUUCAUUUUACAAUAUGCAACCCUCACAAUCCUCGAAAUCUUGGAGCAACCAUUUAGACCACAGGUGCGCUAGGAGCCUCAGGUCGGGCGGCCCUAGCCAAAGUCCUCCUGCUCCCUGUCGUCCCUGCUCUAUCCCAAUUAUCCCCUCUGUCCACUCCUACCAGGAUGAGGUCUCGUGUAUGCAAACAGCUCCUACUGAUGGAAGCAGCAGUUCUAGUCCUCUGGAAACCACAGCUGAUGCUUCAGCUGUCAGUCAACAGUCCAACAUAAUGGUCUCCAACCAAAUGGCUGGUAGACAGAAGGAAGUAGCCUCACUACUUGACGAGGCUCAGGAUCAACUCAGAGCACUAGCACUUGCCCAGAGGAAACAGGAGGACAUCAGUAGCUCUUUCCCUCAUGGGGCCAAAGAGACUGUGUGCAUUCUUUUAGCAAAUGGGGGUGGACAAGGGGGAGUGGCCUCUUUUGGGCCCACGGAGACUCAGUUAAUGAGCCCUAGUGACAUGCACAAAGAUGCCACAAAGCCUGGCCAAUGAGAAGGGGUUGACAGGUCUAACCACAAAUGUGUGUGUGUCUUGAGGCUUCAUAAUACUUUGCCAAAACUGGGAUACCAUGGAAAGCUAGCAUUGACUUUCUGAGGACCUGCUGUGAGUAGAGUCGUGGGAGAGUGACCGUCCUGAACAUGUGAAAAGAUAAUUUAUUUAUAUGCAUUUAUUUAAGGAGAAACUUCUACUUAGAUAAAGAAACCAAAUAGUCUGUCAUCUCCAUGGUGUUUUUAACUGUAUAAAAUAUAUAUAAAUGGAUAUAAAUAUAUGAAUUCAAACUGGUGACCAAGUAAGAAAAAAAGGAAUAUGGGAAUAAGAAACGUUCUUUUGUAACGUCUCAGCUCCACAUCCUUAAAGACUCAAUGGCCGAUGGUUUAAAAAAAAAAAAAAGGAGUUUGUCCACUUGUUUCACUCAUUUCAAGUCAAGUUAUCUUCAAUCUUGUGUUUUGCACCUGCAGCAGCCGUGUUUACUAUCACAGUCCCGGUCACUGUCCUCUACCCUGCCAAGGAAUAUGGCUCCAUCAUGCCUUUGAAAACAGUGGAAUGUGGAUUACAAUUGGACUAAACUUCUAAACGCUAAUCGUAUACAGGCAAGAGGUAACUGAUAGUUAAGCACUGCCUCCAAGACAUCGAUUGCAAGAAUUUGAUGUGUCCGUCCAUUUGUGGAGCAAUCUGCAUUUUGUUUUUCUGUGCCUCUGUGCGUUCUCUCCUUCAUUUGGGCUUGGAUAUGAGUAAAGAUAAGCUAAUGGAACAGAGCACA